AUGCCCAAGGCCAGGAAAGAAAGCAGACUCGCCAGGUUUUUGAAGUCCCCAAUAAGGAUUUUAAUCAAGGCCAGGGACUUCUACAUCAAGAGCAUGACAGAGUGCUCGGGUACGUUUGAUUAUGCCUCGGCGAUGGGUUGCCCUACCCAAAUCCCAAGUUCUUUGCCUAAAAGCUACAGCACCAACUCCACCAAAUCCAGCGCCUCUAACAAUGAAGAUUACAGGGAGCUUAUGAGGGCUGCUUCUACUAGGAGUGUAAGAAGUAAAGUUGAAUUCGAUCUUGCUAGAAAAGCGCAACAGCCUAGGCAGCCGGAAAUGGCCGCAGUGCUCAACACCGUGCCUCGCAGUCGUAGCGUUGGGAUUGGAAGGAUUGAUGAAGAGAAGGCUUGUGAGUUUGAUGAAGAGGAAGUCAAGAUGAAGAGAGAUGUGUAUCCAAGAAGUAGAAGCUACGCUGUUUCUAGGAGAACAAUUAUGUCGUAG